AUGCUGGAAUACUUUGGCUACAAGCAGUACAAAAAGUACAAGACGGAGAAAGACGCAAAGGAGGCCGCCGGAGAGCACGAUAGCAGCAGCAACCUCGGAACCCCGCAGCAGCAACACCCAGCAUCACGACCGUCGCCGUCGCGGCGCCAGACCAGCUCCCGCUCGCUGUCGCCCGCAGGCAGCGCCGCCACCGACCGCACCCAUGGCGGCCCAGCACCGGUGCUAGACCGCAGAGACGAGGCCUUUUUCAGACGCAUCCUGUCCGACCCGGACGCUGACUCUGACGAUGAGAGCCUCCGCCCGCCCUUGCCUCCGCGCACCAAGACGCCAGAGUACAUGUGGGAGUCGGACGAAUCGCGGCGGACCGCUCCGAGUCAGCAGGCGGCAGCCCCCAAGAAGGCGGCCACGGUAGCGGUCGACCCCAAGGCUGAGGGCAAGAAGCCCAGCAAAAUCGCCUUCCUGUUUUCCAAGGUUAAGGGCGACGACAAGGACAAGCAGCUCGCACCAGUGAAGCCCACAGCCGUGCCAGCCGAGGAGGAAGCGAGGGAGAAAGACGACCUGUCGCGCGUGCUCGACGACCUCAACCUCUCCGCGAAGAACAACAAGGCCAUCCCGCUGUCGGCAGAGUCCUCGGAGCUGGUCCGGCAGUUCACCCUCGCUCUCAAGGACCUGGUAAAUGGCGUGCCGACCGCCGUCGACGACAUCAAGAGGCUCGUGGAGGACAAGGACGGCACAAUCAAGAAGUCGUUCGACAAGCUUCCCAACGGGAUGAAGAAGCUCGUCACGAACCUCCCCGACAAGUUUACCGCCAGUCUGGGUCCGGAGGUCCUGGCGGCCGCGGCGAAGAGUCAGGGCAUGCAGGCUGCCGAGGUCACCGCGGAGGAGGGCGUCAAGGGCGCCGCGAAGAAGAUGUUCACGCCGGCCACUCUCUCGGACUUGGUCACCAAGCCGGGUGCCGUGGUGGGCAUGCUCAAGGCCAUCGUCAACGCGCUGAAGCUGAGAUGGCCAGCCUUCAUCGGCACCAACGCGAUCAUCUCGGUCGCGCUAUUCCUCCUUCUCUUCGUCCUGUGGUACUGCCACAAGCGCGGCCGCGAGGAGCGCAUCAAGCGCGAGAAUGCGCCCGAGAUUAUCGACGGCAGCGGCCGCAUCGAGGAGCUGCCCGAUGACCCAGCCCUGCCGGGUCCCUCCCGCUCCCGCACGGAACCUCUUAGGUCUGACAGGCCGCGGAGCGAGAGGAGCGAACGCAGCAGACGCAGCGGCAGGGACUCGGGAAGAACGACGCCCGAGUCUGUACGGAGGAGGGCGACGCGGAAGUGA